AUGGGUAUCUAUACGACGAAUGUGAAAGAGUAUGCGGACUCUUUCGGACUCCAGAAAAAGCUGAGAAAUCGUGGAGCUAAUACAACUACGAAGGAUGAUGGUUCAGGUGAAUACAUAUACCACAAUGCCAGUCCAAAUUCAGCGGAGAAUUUAUUUGUUGUACCAACUGAUGCAGGUGCUUUCGUGGAAUUGUUGCGAAGCAGCAAACCUCGUUACCUUUCUGAGAUCUGGGGACAGGUAACCUGCGAACAAUUCACUGUCGAAGCCCACGAUAGAGCUCGUCCAGGAGGACUUGGAAGAGAAGCAGCAGAGUCCAUGGCUCGUAGUGUGAAAUUUGGAUGGGGAGACCUUGUCUUGCGUAAAGAUCUUGAUUCCAAUGUCAAACUCACCAGCAUAAAAGAGCACAUCGAAAGCGAAGACUGGAGUGUAUAUAAAUAA